AUGUACAACGUAUCGGAAAAGAACACAAGCCAAAGCAACAGUUUUUAUUAUGUGCCAGCAAUUUUACCUUCCCAGGCAGCUGGCAUUGCAUUUUGCGUCGUAUUUUUCUGUGUUUUAAUCUUCAUUGUAGUCGGAAACGGUACCACCAUUGUGCUUUUUGCAUUUAACAAGACACAACGCAAGAAAACUUUGCUUCUGGUCGUUAACCUGGCUAUUGCUGAUUUCAUGUUAGGGGCUGUAUCUUUACCUCUGUUCAUUACUUACUUCGUUGGGAAUUAUUAUCAACUAUGGUUGGUCCAGUUCAGGAAUCUACGAGUAGUCUUUUUCUAUAUAUUCGUCGAUUUAGCUCUCUUGCAAGCCUCGUUCCUCGCGGUGAUUUUCGUAUCUUGUGAGAGAUUUUACGCCGUAAACUUUCCAUUUAAGCACCGAACGUUGUCCUCGCGAGCAUACUGGUUAGUCAUUUUAACGGUGUGGAUACUGGCCUUCCUAAUUGCAGCGAUAGGGACAUUAUUGAGUUACUUUGUUUCAUUCAGAGCCACGGUGACUUUUUGGGUUUGUGUUGCUCUGACUCAGAUACUCAUCGUAUGCGUUUGUACUAUCGGUACGUGGAGAAAGUCUCACGAAAAAAAUGUCGCAUCGCAACAGCAAAACAGAGCCGCGAAAAACAAACGCUUAACAAAAACGUUGCUGUUUAUAUCAUUUGUUGAACUGCUAACCUGGUUACCGUUGAUUACACUCGACUGUUUAACCCUCUCAGGUAUUGGUCAAGCAUAUUUCGACUACCGAACUUUUCAAUUCGUCGUAAACGUUUUUAAUUUCUCGGGAUCCUUUGUCAACCCCAUCGUCUAUGUAUUAAGGAUUCCGGAAAUCAGACAAGCGCUGAGUUUGUGCUUCAACAGAAGGGAAAACGUAUCUAGCAGGAAACGGACUGAAACGACCAGUAGUGAGAUGUCAGUUUCGACGCCAGUAAAAGAGUUUGGAAUAUUACCAAGCUAUCCUAGUCGACUUCAAGUGGCCUCUCAAGUUUUUGAUACGCGAUUUUAAUUAUGUGCAGCAUAAGAGCUAUUACUGAUGUUGAUCAACCGGCGUGCGUAUUUACAUAAAAUUAUAUAACAAUUAUUUUUCAAGAAUUACCCAGCAGAAUUGCAACAAUCAAUAAAUGUGUGAACUAAAAUGUACUUUAAACAUUUCGUUUGGAGUCAAUCCCGUUUCAAUUUACGACAGUGACAUUUUUGAAAGAGACUUGGUAAAGUAAGGUAGUUGGACUUAACUUUCUGCAGUCUUUAUCAUUGCAGAUCAAAAUAACAGCCACUGAGUCUCACCCUAUUGUACAUGGGUAUUGUACAGCCCAUGAAAUUUUCUUGCCGUAAAUGUAAUAUAUCAAAAUAUCAGAAAAGUAUUGUUAUUGUAAAACGGGCUUUUUGCGAUCACUCUAAAUUCUUGCACCACUAUAGGUCUUGGGCUACGGGAAAUUUGAGGAUUUUGCGUGGGACGGCCCGAAGACGAACAAAGGUUAAAAACACAAAUGAAGAACUAUUCGUCUAUUCAUUUUCUCUUUUUUUGUUACAUUCUCGUUGCCGCUGCCGUCAUGGUUUUCUUAAAUUCCCAAGUAUAGCUGGCGGCUGACACACUUGACUUCAUCCCCCUAGGCAUGCGCAUUACAAGUGUCUAAUUAUCCAACCAAAAAUACCAAAAAGCAUGCAAUGACGUCAAUAGUUUGAAAAGCUCUGUUUUCGGUGAGCGUUUUACCUAUAUUAGUGAGAACAGUAGAAUCCAACCAAAAGGAUAAACUCGCUUUUUCAUAUCUCUCCGGCGUGGUGUGAACGGGCUCUUAGGUUGAUCCUCCAGCUAGUCUGUAUAUUUCGUUAGUCCUGAGAUACUUUGAAGAUCGUUAUAUCUUUGACUCUAUUGUUAGGACUGUGUCGUUUUAACCACAUAUCUCCUCAGCGUGUUCCUGAUAGGAUUUUUUUUCUGAGAUGAAUUAAAAAUCGUUCGCUGAUUCGAACUGUUAAAUAAUCUCUCAAACAACCCUUCCAAAGCUGCUCACUAAUGACCAACGACACUUCUAAGUUAAGUCAUAAUUCUGAUUAAAUCAUUAGCAUAAGUUUAGCCUAAAUUUUCCUAAUUUACCUAAAAACUUGAGAGAUCUGAGUUUUACUCAGUUGCCAUCCUCUUACUGCUUUUCCGUUGUUGUUAAAAAAUUGAUCUCAAUAGUUUGCCACAUUCAGUGAGAUUAAAAUUGAAGUUGGUAAUUGUAGUUCUGGUUAAUCAGCUGUUUCCUUUGUGCCUGAAAAUAUAAAAAGCACUCGCGCUACGUAAACAGAAACCCACGACAGAAUAUUGUGGGCAGGAAAUGGUUAUAAAUGUCAUAAUAGUUAUAAAUAUUUAUUUCAGCUCGUCCCAAAGGAAGCCUUUGGAGUGACAAUGUUACUAUGUGGUAGGAGAUAAACUUUAUUCGUUUGUCUUCGUUUGUCUCACGAUAGAGUCACUUGAUGUUGACAAUAGAGUCACUUACUUUGAUGUUGAUGUUGAAUCGACCUCAUCGCCUGAUGAAGACUAGCAGUAUCGCAGUCGAAACGUCGCGAUCGACAUCAAAAGUGUCUCUAUCGUAGAACAAACGAAUAAAGUUCAUUUCCUAUCUUACACCACGAUGAACAAUACACUUUGUGGUGUUUUGAAAUUGUGUUUAUCUUGAACUUAGAGAAAUCAAUUAUCAAAAAUAAUCUACAGAGAAAAACUUCAAAUUAAUGUGAUAUCUGAUGAAAAGUCCGGCACGUGUGUUAAAACCAAUUCCAAUUCGGUUGCCUUCUUAGGCUGGGUAAUCAACAUGACCGAUAACCCCCUCAACACCUGUGUCUGCAGAGAAAAAACCAACAAAAAGCUUCUACUCCAUUAUCAGAGCCAUGUUGACAAUAGAUAUAAACGAUCGCUAAUAACAACUAUGCUUGAUCGCGCCAACCGCUUGUAAUCCUCACCGGAUCUUUUCUCGGAUCUGAAAACAAUGUUUCUGAAACUGAAACACUCUGAGAAAUUUAUUGAUUCUAAUUUUAAGAGAUUCCACGCUUCCCAAGACCAGAACCAAAAUCGAAUUGAGCUAA